AUGGAGAUUGGCAGCGGCGGCUGCGGCGGCGGCGACGGGAGCGGCGGAGGGGGCGGGGACGACCAGCAGCGCCACGGGCUCAAGUUCGGCAAGAAGAUCUACUUCGAGGACAGCACGGGCCCCGGCGGUGGCAGUGGCGGCGUCAAUGCGUCCUCGUCCAAGCCGCCCGCGGGCGGCGGGAGGAAGGGGAAGGCCGUGGCCGCCGGGGGAGCGUCCGGCUCCGCGCCGCCGCGGUGCCAGGUGGAGGGGUGCGGCGUGGAUCUGAGCGGCGCCAAGCAAUACCACUGCCGCCACAAGGUGUGCUCCAUGCACACCAAGGAGCCCCGCGUCGUCGUCGCCGGCCUCGAGCAGCGCUUCUGCCAGCAGUGCAGCAGGUUCCACCAGUUGCCUGAAUUCGAUCAAGGAAAACGCAGCUGCCGCAGACGCCUCGCAGGCCACAACGAACGCCGGAGGAAGGCACCCCCCGGCCCUCUCGCAACACGCUACGGGCGACUCGCUGCAUCCUUUGAAGAACCCGGCAGGUUCAGAAGCUACCUGCUGGAUUUCUCGUACCCAAGAGUUCCGAGCAGCGUGCGGGAUGCCUGGCCGGGGGCUCGACCAGGCUACCGGAUGCCUGGUGAAAUCCAGUGGCAAGGCAACCUAGACCUGCGUCCUCACACAGGUGCAGGCACGGGAUACGGCCACCACCAUGCAUACAGCAGCCACGGCGGCUUCCCCGGCCCAGAGCUCCCUCCAGGUGGGUGUCUCGCAGGGGUCGCCGCCGACUCCAGCUGUGCUCUCUCUCUUCUGUCAACUCAGCCAUGGGACAACACCCCCCACGGUGCCAGCCACGACCACCGGUCCGCGGGCUUCGAUGGCCACCCUGUGGGAGUGUCACCCUCCAUCAUGGCGUGUAACUACAUGCCGCCGCCGGCGAGCCCCUGGGGUGGCUCCCGGGGCCAUGAAGACGGCCGGAACGCGCCGCAUCAGCAGCUGCCACAUGACGUCCAGCUCCACGAGGUGCACCACCCAGCAGGCUCUAGCCAGCACGGCCACUUCUCAGGCGAGCUCGAGCUCGCCCUGCAGGGGAACAGGCCGGCGCCUGGGCCACGCGGCGGCGAUCACGGCAGCAGUGGCGGCGCGUUCGACCACCCCGGCAGCUCGUCCAACUGGUCCCUGUAG